CCAGUCGAGAGCUGAUUGACUCAACCUAGAUGAUCAGAAAGGUAGCAGUCCCAACCUCUUCUUCCUUGGUUCGAACAUGAGACCUCAGGGAAAUGAGACUCGUGCAAGGUGGCGUACCCAUUGCUAGAAUCAAGACCAAUUUUUUAUUUUUAUUUUUAAUCUGAAAAACUGCUCUUGGAUAGAACCAUUUUCUUCCAAAAGGAUAAAAUCUGUUGUAGCAAUCUUGGGUUGCAGAAUCUAAACCAUUUCUGCCAAGAUUAUAUAUUCCCAUCCCUAUUUGUUUCCUUGCUUUUAUAAGUUUGUUUUCUGCAUUACUUUUGUGACACUUUCAGAAAACACACAAGAUUAUAUGAUAACCAAAAGGCAACACUUCCAAUGUGGGAACAGACCUUUGAUGUCUUUUUGGUAGGUUCCCACAUUUACUUCCUGUUCUUCUCUAUUUAUAAUUCGUCGUAUUCAAUGUAAGUCGUCAAAUUAUCACCACCACAUCAGUCUUUUCGUGUUAAAGAUCGAUCGAUUCAGUAUGGAGUUGAAUGUGGCUGAAGGUUUCCUUUUGAACUCAACUGCUCUUGAGUCAGUGUACAAUCAAGUGAAGAAAGAUGAUGGCUUUAUUGAUCUUGGACUCAGCUUGAAAACACUUCAAACUCAUGCUUGUCAUCCUGUUGAUCAAUCAAGCCAAAGUUUUGAUUUGGAUUCAACAAUAGUCCCAAGUGGGGGUUACAAUGGUCUGAUGGAGUGGCCUUAUCUUCAAUCAGUACACCUGAAAAGUCCUAAAUGCUCAACAACAAACCCAAAUGAAUGUUGUGAAGAUUUGGAGGGAGUCCAAAGCAAACAACGAUGGGCUUACGUAAAAGUUAACAUGGACGGGGUUGUCGUAGGCCGGAAAAUCUGUCUCCGUGAUCAUACUGGCUAUGCUAGCCUUGCUCUUUUGCUCGAAGACAUGUUCGGAGGAUUAACAGCAUUUGGUUUACACUUGUUUCAACGCGGAUCAGAGUUUAGUCUGUUUUACAAGGACAGGGAUGAGAACUGGAGGUCUGCUGGUGAUGUGCCAUGGAAGGAUUUUGUAGAUUGUGCAAAGAGGUUAAGGAUUGUGAAACACAACAAAGUUUAUAUGUCCUAAGAACUUUACUCAUUCAUAUGAAGUGAAUUAAGCAUAGAUAUAUCAUGUACUUGUCAUAAAAUAGCUCGUUAAAUCCAUGACUUGCACGUCUCGGCUCCCUUUCUUCCUUCCAAAGGAAGAGCUUAUAUGCAAAUUUUGAACUUUUUUAUGUAUGAAUCAAUGUACUAUUAACUUUUGUGCAAUUUUUUUUAUUAACGAUAUAAAGUGAUUUAAACCUUCCCUAGUAAGCGUAUAUCAAAUAGAAUAUAAA